GGGGUGUGGGCGAGUCACGCUGUAUAAAUACGCCGGGUUGUCAAACAGUAAAGUUUCUCUGGAGCCUUCAUCCAAAGUGUCAGCUGGAGACAAAGUGGGAGACUCUACACCCGUUUGGACAAUUUGGUGAAAAAUAAUCCGCUGAAUGAAGCAGUGACUCGACACAACCGCGGUGAAAUAUCAUACGGGAUUUUUUUUAAAGAAGAAGACGGAGAAGAGCAGGAGUACGAAGUGGGAACUGUGGCAUCAGGAACGAUAGUUUGGACCUAAAAACACAACGACAGCCUGCAACCUGCUGCCCCUUGGUUCAAGGUGCCUUUACCAUGGUGACACUAAAAGAAUCAGACACUUUACAGUAGAACGGAGGAAACGACUUCUUACAGCUGCAUUGCCUCGUCGUCAGCACCAUCAUCUUGAACGCUUUUGUUCCCACGACGGCGCUAAACCGGUGCAGUCAUGCAUCUGGAAGUGAAGGUUGCCCUCAACUUCAUCGUGUCCUACCUGUACAACAAGCUGCCUCGGCGUAGAGCGGACCUGUUCGGUGAGGAGCUGGAGAGGAUACUGGUGUCUCGCUUUGAGGGCCACUGGUACCCUGAAGCCCCUCUGAGGGGCUCUGCCUUCCGCUGUAUUCACCUGGGAGCGCCAAGGGACCCUGUGGUGGAGCUGGCCGCCAAAAGAAGUGGGCUGGACACGGAGGAGGUGCGUGCAAAUGUUCCUGCAGAGCUGAGCGUGUGGAUUGACCCCUAUGAGGUGUCCUACCAGAUUGGAGAGAAGGGGGCGGUGAAGGUCCUCUACCUCGAGGACCCCCCGGGCCUCGGCUGUGACAGCGAGAGAGCCGAGGGGGUAAUCAGAGAGGGCAAAGGAGAUUCAGAGGCUGAGGAGGCCAAGAGCCUGGGCUUCAACCCAGACGCUCAAGUGUUUGUACCAAUUGGAAACCAGGCGUCUCCUGCCCUCAUGCCAUCCCUCUCCAGCUCUCCCACACCUUUAUCUGCCCAGUCCUGCCCCGGGCUCUUCAGCUACCCCAGCUCCAGCACCCCCACUGACCCCGGUGUCCACUCCUCCAACACCUCCACCCCUUCUCCUCCCAGCGGCGGCCUGCCCUACCUCUCCACCCAGCAGCCGCCCUCCACUCUCCCUGCCGCCCGUCCACAGCCCAUCACCUUCACCACUGCCAGCUUCGCCGCCACUAAAUUCGGCUCCACCAAAAUGAAGAAGUGCAGCGGCACCGGGUCGGCAGCUGGCUCUGGCGUCAUCGUCCCACCCUCCCAGAGGAUGCUGUCCCGCUCUCCCACCACCAUCUCGGCACCGGAGCUGCUCAAGCACAAGCCCCUCUCUCUGUCCUUGCACUCUCUGGGAGGACCCAUCCCCAGCCAGCUCUCUCCCAACGCCAAAGAGUUCGUCUACCCAGGAUCCCCGGGCCCCCUUUACUUUGAUGCCGACACCCAGCCCAUGCAGCCUCACGCCAGCCCCUUCCAGCCGCCCCCCGCCGUCAGCACCCACCCGUCCUUCGACCCGUUCUCCAGCUCUCCUGCUCAGAGCGUGGGCAUCAUCGGCGGCAACGGAGGGAUCUCUUACAUGGAGAAGCCGCCGUUUGUCGAGGGUUUAGGAAGCUACAACCUGCAAUAUCCCAGUCAGUCCUUCCAGCCUGUGGUGCUGGCCAACUAAGCCUUCCUUUGUGCUGAGAAGAAUUGUUGGAAGAGGAGCUGGGUGUUGGACAUUUUCAGUUUUUCUAACAAAUUGUUCUAAUACUAAUACAUGUUAAGAGUUAGUUUUACUACAAAGGUUGUCCACUGAACAUUUCAUGUGACUUGUUUUGGAUGUGUGUAACCCCCACCCUGCCACUGUCCAUUGCUGUUCCUCGUCACGUUCGGUGUGUUGGCUUUGACAGGAGUGGGCGGGGGUGAGUUGCUUUCUACCUUUAGCCGUUGCCAAUCUCUUCUGUUUGUUGUUUUUGCAUUGAAUGUUAAUGUAAGAGGAGUUUUUCUUUCUUGACUCGUAGUCUAAUGGACUCAGUAUAGCUCCAAUUUGCACUGCACUGUCAUGCUGUGAAAAAGGACUUCGCCAAGUCCUGCAGGGAAUGACGGCUGUGGAAAACUCAGCACUUUGCUCUGCAAUCUGCUCUGCCCUACUUGCCACAAAUCCAGAGAGGGGGGCUCUGCUGCUCUGCUGUCUCUGUGUACUUCUGUUUUGUUGUGGCUCAGCGUGAUCGGGAGGCUCAUUGUUUGUGCGGCAGGCCCGUUACCUCUGAAACACACUCGUGCACAGGCAUAAUUGGGCUCUGCUGCUGUGAGCGGGUGUGUUGGAAGCAGGUUGUCGUCGGUCGGAACGUGGACAUGCCCUGGGUUUAAAUGAAGUGAGGCAGUGGAGGGAGCAGAGAGGGAGCAUCGGGGUGUUAAGAGAGCGAUGUAGUCGAAUGUAUUGUACCUGUCGAGGGAAACGGCAGCUUUGAAGGUCAGGGGGAAACCUUUUUGAAUGUGAAAGAAAGUGCAUCUUUAAAUUUUAAGACGUUAACUGUGUGCUGAUACCUCAGCUGUUGUGACGGAAACUGCGGUUUCUCUCACGUAUUGGAAUAUACACGAUACGCAUUAAAACGUGCACGCUAUUCCACUUAGCAGCGUGUGAAGGUGAACAGGCAGAGAAGGAGGUGAGGGGGAGGGGAUGCAGCAGCUAAGCAGCAGGGAUUGUGAUAAAUGGCUUAGCAUGACUUUGACUAUGAAGGACAGGUUUUCCUCAGCAUGGAGAGGAGGGAGGGAAAUGGGAAGACAGAAGGAAAUGAGAGAGAGAGAAGCAGCUGGAGGGUUGUUGCCUCGGUGCCGUCCAGGGUGUAUUGGCUUAGAAAGUGACACUUUAAAACCCAGAGCACGUUUCUGGUGAGCUUAAAUGGUAUCGAAGCCAAAGGCUCACACUGUUCUCUCCCUCCUCUUGAAAUUCUCCCGUGAUCUCUGCUGGCUGCUCCAAACAAAAAACCCUGAAUCAUACACUUCAGGUCGCUCCGUGUCUUUUUUUUCCCCCAGCCACAAGGAAACAAAGAGGAAUGUUAAUUACAGCGUGUGUGGUUUCUGUGGAUAGAUUGUCAGAUAGAUGAUGUCUCUGACGGUGUUUGUUCAGCGGCUGGACUCGUUGUUGGGUCGGGGUAACCUCCACAUGUCCAGAACCUCACCACCGGGCUCCUGAUGCUUUUGCCACUGCAGACAUUAAACGAUUCCUUUGCCCUCUUCUUUGGCUACUGCACCUUUCAUUCAGCUGUCAUUAAACACUCUGAAAGUGGAGCUACAGCGCGACGGUAACGAGACACCGUCGGUCUUAUCCUUACCCAUUUGUACGAAUGUUUUCCAAGCCUGUACCUGUAGCGGGUUUUGCAUCAGAUGGCUCCAGAAACCUCGACUGCUGGUUUUGCAUCGUGGCAGGUUGUCUUACGCAUGCAAGUUUUAGUUUUUGUUUGUUUAUUUCCCAAGGGAAUGGGUGGGGGAGGUAUGUAUUUCUGUAAAUGUUCCAAUUUGUGAGGGAAAGACUUUUUUGUUUUUUGUAAUUUAUUUCUAUAUUUUCGUUCUUGCAAAUGAACACUCGCGUUUGUGUGAGUAAGACAACGGCGAGUCCAGGAAUAUGUAUAUAAAAAAAGAAGUUCAUAUGUUCAGAUUCUUUGUUUAGUUUCUUACAUGCCGAAGUUAUUUUUUCAGAAAAUAACAUGAAUAUAUGCAAACUGAGACAAAAAUAAAGAUGUACAGAAUAAAAGUAUUGAAUGUGUAUUGUACCUUGUACAGAAUUUGUCUAAUAAGACGGGUAAAUGUAUUCAUGCUUCAAUUUUUGGAUUUGGAGUUUAAAGAAGUGAAUGUUUACAGUGGGUUUGUGUAGGAAAAGAUGACUGAUAUCACUUUUUCUGUGCUCCCAGGGCAGUCUGACAACACUACUCCCAUAGGCAGUGCAUUUAAACCAAAAAUCUCUAUAUUUACGAUUGAUUUUUGUCCCUUUUUUUUUUUUUAAUGAAUUCACUACAUCUCACCCCUCUUUUUUUUCUUUUACAAACACUCCUGUUUCUUGUCUGUAUGCUUUUAAUACCCAGAUAUGUUCAACACCCCAUGUGUUAUACUUGCAUCAAAAUUGACUAAAAAACACUGUUUUUUUCCACAUUAUUUCAACGUGUCAUCCUCCAUCAGCCUUUUGGUACUGAUACUAUAGCCAUAUCCCAGACUGUCUUUGCUUACACAGAUGCUCACCCUUCUCCAGUGCAAUGUAAUGCCAUAAUUCCAAUUACCCUGAAGGAUUUAAGGGGUUUCUACCUCUCUGCACCCUAAAAUAAAAUUAAAAAAAAAUAGAGGAAGGCGGUGUUAGGACAGGUUCAGAACGAUGAAGGAAAUGAAUGUGCUGUGAAUGUGAUCCGUUUGUCGGUCGACCCUGGUGUAGAUGGCCUGCUGGAAAUAAGCGUCUGAGGGGUUAUUUAAGUCAUGUGCAUGUCCCGAAAGACCAUCUUAUUUCUUCACAUCCCACGUAUUCGGUGCAAACGAGGUGGACGGAUGUAAACGAGGACCGUAAAAGCCGGUUCGCCCUCACGUCUUUGGGAACCAACGCUGUUUUAUGUUCUACAUUUGGGCAGAAACGGCGUUUUAGACACAAACCUACUCUGAACACAGGCUAUUCUACAAUCAGGGUUGAAACAUUAAUGAAGAGGAGAAAAAAAACAAAACAAAACAAGAAUUUUUUGUAUUCUGAUGUCCUUUGCUUAUAUCGACGUGUGCGUUUUAUUUUGCACUUUGGAAUAUUUCAUUGUCAUAAAAAAGAAGUUUAUUUUCUAUGUAAAGUUUAACAUUUAAGAGUACAAUAGAUCUAAUUAAAGGUUCAGAUGAUGUAUAAAUAUAGUGCUUUCUUUCCUGCCUGUAUUUUAUUAUUUUUCCUAUUUUGUAUCCGAUCUGUACACCCUGUAGAUGUAUAAUGAAUCUUUCACUACUGAAAUGCAAUGACCUGUUUUCUGUGCGCCCCUCGGGAAUUGGUGGGGGAGUUACUACUGCAGUUUCUUAUUGUAUCAGAUUCUUUUUUAAGUUUGUAAUAAAAAGAAACAAGAUUGGCAAAAACAAGCAUGGAAAAUAA